AUGGCUCAGCAGCAAAUGUCUCCCACGCGCCACACUACGAGCUCCGCAAACCCCGCACAUUUCAUCCGGUCUCUGGCCACAGUCACUGUCCUGGGGGCGACCGCCACUGCCUACCAAUGGGCCAACGGCAACUCCAUCCUGCGUGAAGUGCACGCCGAAGAGCCUCCAAAGGAAGACGAGGUUGAGCUGAAGUUUGAGGAACCACGGCGGCAAGCGAAAUCAGCAGAUGACAACCGCAACAUCAUAAGUUCGCAACACUUGCAGGUGCUGAAGAGCUGGGAGAACCCGGGCGUCUACACAUGGGGAUCGAACGCUGGGAAAGUGGUGGCGCCAGAUUCGGAUGAAAAGUACAUAAAGACGCCGCGGCGGAUAUCGUACUUCGAUGGCAAGCUGCUGCGCGAUAUCAAGCUGGACCGCAACUUCGGCGCGGCCAUCGAUGAGAAGGGCGACUUGCUGCAAUGGGGGGUCGCAUUCUCCAAGGACGUCACAGAGCCAACAAAGACACUGAGAGGUCACAACCUGAAGUCACUCCAGUUCUCGCGCGAUCGCAUCAUUGCACUUUCCUCGGGCGGCACCGUCUACUCGAUACCCGUCUCACAAGCCGAGCAAAAAGAGGGCUCAAAGCCAACGUCUCGAGCAUGCUCUCAUGCUUACAUCCCUCUGGUCGCGUCCUCUCCUUUGCCUCUGGUACACAAGACUUUCCCCACCAAAGGCCAGCUCGGCAUACCUGGAAUCUCUUUCGAGAGUCGACCACCCGGCCCCUUCGACAUGCCCCACGAAAUCACCACACUGAAAGGCUUCCCCAUCAAGAAGAUCGCAGCCGGCGACUACCACAGUCUCGUCUGCGACUCCGAAGGCCGCGCCUUCACAUUCGGCGACAACACCGCCGGCCAAUUGGGCUUCCCCUUCAACGCCGAAGCCACUUACGUCGACGCCCCUUCCCUCCUCCCCACACAAAAGCUCUACGCCGGUAGCGCCUCUCAAGCCAAAGUUUCCAACGUCUUCGCCGGCGGCAACACCUCCUUCCUCACCAUCGACGCCACCAAAGCCGACCAAAGCCGCACUACCGCCGACACCUGGGCUUUUGGCUUCGGCCUCACAGGCCAACUGGGUGUCGGCCGCUGGAUCCACACAUGCGCCGACCCCGUCAAAGUCCCCGCCUUCUCCGGCCUCUUUGAAUGGGACGAAAAGGCUCAUAAACCCAUUCCCAUCCGUCUCAACACCAUUUCUGUAGGCGCUACACACGCCGCUGCUGUCAUGGAUAAUGUCGCGUCGGUGCUUGUGUCGGACCGCACGCGUUCGAAACUCACCGACAACGACACGAAUUGGGGCCGGGAUAUACUGUUCUGGGGCAAUAAUGAGUUCUACCAGAUUGGAAGUGGGAAGAGGAGUAAUAUGGCUACGCCGACGUAUAUCCAGCCCCUAGAUCAGAGCGCAGAGUUGGAGCGGGCGGCGGGUGUGGGUGGGAUCAAGGCGCUGAGGGAGAAGGAGAUGCAUCGCUUUCAAAUCACGCCCAGGCAGAAGGUGCGUGUCAAUGGCAGGAUGGUGGAGUUUGAGCAGAAGGUCGAGUGUGGACGGGGGUGUACUGCAGUAUACUCUGCUGUGUGA